AUGGACGUGCUAAUGGGCAACGAGUCAUCUCCAGUUUCCACACGGUCGGUGGCUGUCAACUCAAGCCGAGAAGAAUAUUACGAGGUCGGCUUGCCUCCGCGGAUGCAACCGCUGCUGUUGGUGCUUGUGGUGCUGAUGUGUCUGGGGGCAAUAACAGGUAACUCCCUUGUCAUCGUCCUUGUCGCCGCCACCAAGACUCUCCACUGUGUGACGUCAGUGUUGAUCAUGAACUUGGCCAUCACUGAUCUGCUCGUGGGCCUCGUCGCCAUGCCCUUUGUGGCGUUGUCCAUCAUGGAGCCUGGAUGGGCCGACUGUCUCAACCUAUGUCUUUUUGUGGGCUACACCUCCUCUGUGUACUGCACAGCCUCUGUUCUGACACUGGCUGCCAUCGCUCUGGAUCGCUACCACUCCAUUAUGGACUGCCUGCGCUAUAGCUCUCGCUGCACCCUGUGGAGGACCUGUACCGUGGUCCUUUGGAUCUGGCUGCAAGCCUUGGCCACGAGUUGCCCCCCUCUGCUGGGCUGGAGCUCCGUGGCUUACGUGGCUCCCAUGUACAGCUGUGGAGUGAACUGGGCCAGCAGUCCCAGUUAUACGGCCACCAUGACCAGCCUAUCCUACCUGGUGCCCGCCAUCAUUAUCCUUUUCUGCUACGUCAACAUCGUUAAGGUGGCCCGCAACCACGCCAGGAGAAUUCACAGCCUGGAAGACUCUGUUCAGCGCAGCAGGGCUCAAAAUACCACGUUCACCGCAUCUCAGCACAGCCCUUCCAGACUCAUCCAUCAUCUCAGUGGACUGUUUGUGUCUGAGGUCAUGUCUUCGUGCUCCAUUUCCUGCCGGGGGGUCGUCUCCUUCCUGGCCCAAGCCCCCCUGCAGGACGCCCAUCAACACCAUCAAGGAGUUGCUCGUCUUGUUCUAGUUAUUUUAGCCUUCUUCCUGUGCUGGAGCCCCUAUUUCGGGGUGGUUCUCAUUCAGGCUGCAGAAACCGCUAUCUCAGGUCAGACCACCCUUGUGCCCCCCUCUGCUGUGACUGUUUCCUACUUUCUAGUGCUGCUCAACUCUGACUUCAACCCGCUGCUCUACGCUCUGCUUAGUAGGCGUUUCCAGGUGGCUCUGCAGGGGCUGAGGCAGAAGUUGAUGGCCUGCCUGGGGAGCCGGAGAAGGGAGGUAGAUGAUGGCAGAAGCAGUGAGCACUGCACCCUCACCACUCCUCACCCCGGAUCAGAUGACUCCCAGUUUUGCCCUCCAAUUUUUACCAUCAGCGCUCACUUCAAGCCUAAUUCCAACGAAUGCAAAGUGUGUCUCCACGAAGAGGACCUUAAAUCCUGCUCCAUGUGGCAGCAACCUUGUGGGGGGAGGAGGGUGGACUGCCUGCAGGUCCCCUCUAGGUCGCAAGAGGGCAGCAAACUACCAUUCUCUGCUCUGACAAUGGCACCAAAAGCCACUUUUAUUUUUGGUCAGAUUACAGUUACAGUGGAACAUCAUGUUUGA